AAAUGGACUCGUUCAGCCCUUUGUUCGGCUAUGAUAUCGUCACUCGAAGAAAUGUUCUUUACGUACUCGCUUAUCGUUAGUUAAAUGCUUACUCCUUAUAUUACAUUCAUGAAAACAUGAUUGCUUAUGAAAUAAUGACGUCGAUUCAUGCCCGCAGCAGUGACAUUAAUGAAAACGAGGAUGGGGAUGUAGUCCUCGAAGACGGUGCUUGCUUCUCAUUUAAACUCUGAUCCUGUACCUUGUAAAUACGAUGAAGUACAAGAUGAUGAUAAGUAUCGUACUGGUGGCAUGUGUGUGCGUGUCUACCGAAGCGAAGGUACGAAACUCAACGGGACUGGUAGAAAACUUUCCCGGUUAUACGAUCACCAAUGGUAUUGAGCAGUUAAAUUUGACGAAAUGUCGAAAAGAGAUGGAUGAGUACCGUGUUGCGGUGGACGAUCGCGUACUAUGGAGUUUGAGAAUGUUGGACGCGAGCGGACAACCAACAUCGGGAUUCAUCUCGGGGAACAACUUUUGGAUGGGCAGCAGACAACAGUGCAAGUAUCUUAGCGAAAAGAUGCCCUACGCGUUGUCGGAGAAGAAAAUUAAGAACAAUUCAGUCUAUCGUAACCCGAACAAAGAAUUUCCGCCUUUCCAGCUAAACUUUUUCAGUGUUCAAGCUCAUCAUAACAGCACUGUGCAGUAUCAUAUUCCGAUACCUAAGGAUGACGUUAUAGCGCUUGGCCUUUGCCUACCAGCGUCCUGCACCGAACAGGAAGUAGCUACAAUGAUGAAGAAGGUAUUCGAUGAUAGACUUCUUCUACUUGGACAGCUCUAUUCGAUGGAUUUCACUUUGAUCAAGGUCUCUAGUUUAAAAGAUGAUUUUAUGUGGCUUCAUAAUGGAAAGAUCAUCGUAAUCCUCCUUAUUUUGGUGGCAUACUUUGGUAUCGUGACAGUGGCCACGUUAUAUGAUUUUCUUAUAUUUCAAAAACGUCUACAGAAGAAGAAGAAGAAGAAGAAGAAGAAGAAGACGAAAGAAGAAUUUUCUAUUAACGGAAGUCUAAAGAACACUACCGAAUUCAGCAAGGAUGCGGAGGCGAAAGCUGAAGGCGAGCAAAAGGAUAUUCCAUCAGAGGUGAAGCGACGCGAUCGACGCGAUCGAAUCGAAAAGAUCCUUAUAUGUUUCUCAGUUUAUUCAAAUAUCAAACAGAUAUUUCAAAUGGGCAACAAUUCAGCAGAUAUAGCAGUAAUUCAUGGCAUCAAAUUUUUUGCAAUGAUAUUGAUCAUUUGCGGUCACGGCAUCUUAUAUGCAAUAAAUAACACAGGUAAUAAGAUGGAAACGUAUGUGAUGGCCAGCCUUAUUCAAAACCAAAUCUUCUCAAAUACGACACUGUCCGUGGAUACUUUUUUAUUUAUAAGCGCUUUCCUGCAAGUCCACGGAUUCCUGAGAGUGCAAACGGAAGAAAAGAAACGUCAACCGGUUCGCAAAAAAAUGAUUGAUUUUUUCAAUGGAAUCAUCAACAGAUAUAUCAGGCUUACAUCUGUAUACGUCUUUACGAUAUUGCUCGUAAUUGUAACGUUCUCUUGGCUGGAAAACUAUUCAGUAUCAUUCUUCAGCGAGCCGAUGCACGAACUUUGCUCGAAAUAUUGGUGGAAAAAUUUAUUCUACAUCAAUAACUUCUCGGAAUGGAAAGAUAUAUGCAUGAGCUGGAGUUGGUACGUUUCUACUGAUAUGCAAUUCUACAUUGUUGGUCUCCUUUUGUUAAUUGUAUCGACCACCACUUAUCGCUAUACUGUCCUCAGCUUAGGCAUUGCAAUAUUACUUGUAACCACGUUGGUGCACGCUUACAUAACGUACGAUACAGGAUACAUUCCUACGGUGGACACAAGACUUGACACAUUGACUUCCAUGUACAUAAAACCGUGGAUGAGGAUUCAGCCGUACAUGAUAGGGAUGGGAACGGCUUUGCUUCUUAAUAAAUGGAAUUAUAAGUUGGAUUUGUCAAAAAAAGCAUCAGCUACAUGUUGGAUUCUCAGCAUAUUUUCUACUUUAGCUAUUAUGUUUGGUUGCGCGAAUCCAAAUAUGACGCUUGGCUUAUCGGUCGUCUACGAAACUUUUAGCAGAAUAGUUUGGAGCCUUGGAAUAGCGUGGCUCAUAAUUGCGUGUCUGACAAACAAUGGCGGAAUCGUAAAUGAAUUUUUGCGUUUACCAUACUGGAUUCCUCCCAGUCGAGUAACAUACACUGCUUAUCUUCUCAAUCCAUUUAUCAUAAUAACUAUUUGUACGUUCAGCAAUAAUCCAUUUAACGUUGAAUAUUUAACCAGUGCUGUUUUUACCAUCGGAAUAUGUACGGUUACUUACGUUGCGUCUUUUGGAUUGUCGGCGAUCAUUGAAGUACCUACGAUAAUAUUCUUACGAACAGUCAGUUCUUCGUCUAGAAGAAAGACAUAUACCGUCGUCUUGGAAUCCAGAGUCUUCCCUGUCUCAGGUUUUAGGAAGCGAGAAGACAUAAAAAACGAGGUGACGAUGGAAAAGAAGAGGAACAGAAUCGUUUUUCUCCUCUGUAUAUGUACGUUAACCGAAGGGAUCGUAAGAAAUCCAGCAGCGUUGAUGGAAAAUUUGCCUGGUUAUGCGGUCACCAGCGGUAUCCACCAAUUAAAUUCGACCAGAUGCCGAAGAGAAAUGCAGGUAUUCCAGGACGCGGUAAACCAUGGUGUACUUUGGAGUAUCAGAAUGUUGGACGCGAGCGGACAACCAACAUCAGGAUACAUUUCAGGAAACAACUAUUGGAUGGGAAACAAACGAGAAUGCGAGUUCCUUAGCCAGAAGAGACAAUUUCCAUUGUCAGAGAAGAAGAUUCGAAAUAAUUCAAUCUAUCGGAAUCCAGCUGAAGAGUUUCCACCUUUCGAGCUCAACUUCUUUGGUGCUCAUCUCAGUCAGAAUGGCACUGUGCAGUAUCAUAUGAGGGUUCCUAUCGAAGAGACAAUAGUGCUCGGACUUUGUCUACCAGCAUCUUGCAGCGAAAACGAAGUGGGCACAAUGCUAAAGAAGGUAUUCGAGGAUAGGCUUCUUCUAUUUGGACAACUCUAUUCGACAGACUUUAAGUUGAUCAGAGUGUCGAAUCUGAAAAAUGACCAUAAAUGGCUUCUCAGUGGAAACAUUAUUACGAUUUUAUUUAUUUUGAUAGUAUUAUUCGGUGCAACGAUAGUAGCCACGUUAUACGAUAUUCUCAUCUACCAGAAACGUCUACAGAAAAAAACAGACGACGGCAUUAUCGAAUUGAAGAACCACACGGUGGAGGAGAAAUCGGAAUAUAAUGAAGAGGACGAUGCUGUACCAUCAGAACUGAAAACAGAGAAUCGAAUUGUAAAAAUCCUUAUAUGUUUCUCAGUUUAUUCGAACAUGAAAGAAAUAUUCAAAUUAGACAAUAGUUCAAAAGAUUUGAGUGCGUUUCAUGGCAUCAGGGUGUUUGGAAUGAUAUGGAUCAUGUUUAUCCACGUUUUAUUAUACACACUGAACGUUACAGGUAACAAGGCAGAGAUCUAUAUAAUAACCAGUAAUAUUGAAUCGCAAAUCUUAGCCAAUGGUACACUGGCCGUGGAUACGUUUUUCUUUAUGAGUGGUUUCCUCGUGGUGUUUGGAUAUCUGAAAUUACAAAGGAACGAAAAUAAUAACGUUUCAUUUAGCAGGAAUGUAAUGAUAUUCAUUAGUGCAAUCAUCAAAAAAUACGUCAGGAUUACACCGACGUACUUGAUUAUAAUAUUGCUCGUCAUCAUAAACUUCGCUUGGCUUGAAAAAUUUUCAUUGAUGUAUUUCCAUGAACCGGUGCACCAAGUAUGCUCAAAAUACUGGUGGAGAAAUAUACUCUACAUCAAUAAUUUCCUCGAAUGGGAUGAUAUGUGCCUGACAUGGAGCUGGUAUAUCGCCGUUAACAUGCAGUUCUUUAUUUUCGGUAUCUUUAUAUUGAUAUUAUCCAGAAGCUACUACUACAUUGCCCUAAGCUUAACCAUUGCUACUAUAUUUUUAUCCACGUUGGUGCACGCUUAUUUAACAUACAACGCAGGAUACAUUCCUACAUUCGAUAUGCAAUUUGAAAUGAUUGCUUCCAUGUACGUGCAUCCAUGGAUGAGAAUACAACCGUACAUAGUAGGGAUGGGCACAUCGGCGUUUCUUGAAAAAAUCAAUUAUAAAUUACAUCUGUCAAGGAAACAGUUAGCUGCCGGCUGGUUCCUCAGCGUUUUUUGUAAUUGCACGAUUCUGUUUGGUAUCUCAAAUAGAAACGUGUCGCUUACUGUAUCAGUACUUUACGAGACGUUUAGCAGAUUAGCUUGGAGCCUUGGAAUAGCGUGGCUCGUAAUUGCCUGUGCCACAAACAAUGCCGAUAUCAUAAAUCAAUUUUUGUCAUUAAAGUACUGGAUUCCCUUCAGUAGAGUAACGUUCUGCGCUUACCUUCUAAAUCCAUUCUUGAUACAAUUUAUGGGUAUGUUUAGCAAUUACCCAUUAAACGUUGACUUUUUAACGACCAGUAUUUGUAGUGUCGGAAUAUGUAUAGUUACCUACCUUGCGUCAUUUGGAUUGUCGGCGAUCAUUGAAGUACCUACGAUAAUAUUCUUACGAACAGUCAGUACUUCUAACAGGAAGAUUCAACGAAUAUAAACAUAUACAUAUACAUAUGUACUUAUGUAUGCAUUCAAACCAGAGCCGGAAGCGUUGAUGGGAAAGUUGCCUGGUUAUGCGAUUUCCACCGGUAUACAACUACUAAAUUCUACCCGAUGCCGAAAGGAAAUGGAGGAAUACCGUGAUGCAGUGGAUCGUCGUGUACUCUCGAGUCUGAAAAGUUAGUAGUGACCUCUUUGACCCCUACUUACGAGGGGAACUACCAUCUGUAGUUUGGGCCCCUGAGACGUAGUUUACCCACGGUGACCGUUGAAUUACCGUUUUUACACUUUCGGUCAAUCAUUAUCCCAAAAAAAAGUAUAAAAUGAGUAUAUUUAGAUUUUCCUCUUAUAUUUAGGUUGUCACUUAGGUAAUAAUGCACUUCUUGUACGUAUGUGUACUUAAAGUAGUUAUUUAUUAGAAUAUUAUAACGGUAAUGUGAAUACAUUUUGUAGUACGCAAAA